UGAUGACCCGAAUGAACACUCAUGUAACAACAUACAUACAUUAUCAUCAUCAUCAUACCUAGUAUAUCCCAUUCAUAGGGACUAUGAGUAGUGUCUAAAGAGGAAAGAAAUACAACAACCUAUAUCCAUAAAAGAGAAUACGAUCAAAGAGUGCCCGACACAACAUUUUUUAUUAUUUUUUUCAAUGGAUAGGUAUAGGUUUAUGUAGUUUACUCCUAGAGGGCAUAUGCUGAAUUAAAUGCUAAACAACGUGAGAGUAUAAUAUUUUGCUACAAAGCAAACAUACAUUACCUAAUUUUUCCACGUAGAAGUAUAAAGCAAAUGCCAACUUGAGUUACAUGCACACUUACACACCUCACCUUAUUACUUAAACACUUGCACUACUUUAGUAUGUAAGCUUCUACUUUCUUUACUAAUCAUUCCUUCCUCUUAUUCUACCUCACUUCUAACUAAUUUAUCAUACCUCCAUGUACCAAGGAGAAGAGCCACCCCACCACCACCACCUACCUAAGAUGAAUGAUGACGAUGAUGACGAUGACAACGACCACCACGACCAGGGCAGAUUUGAUCACCAAACGCCUUACCCACCACCUGGAAGCCAAGCAUAUCAGCCUCCUGCCACCCCGCAACAACCACUCCAACCACCAAAACCCUUAUUCUCUCCCGGGUCCCGCCAACCGUCGAAAAAACGUUCCACCCCAACCGCCACCCCUCCACCAGCACCGCCGAUUGUCCUCCCCCCUCAACAACCCUUACAACCACCUCAACCAAUUUUCGUCCCGAACUCCCCACCGCCUAAGGCUCAUCCUCCUCCGCGGCCCCACGGUGAUGACAACCGCUACUAUGGCGAUGGUGACGACAGACGCCGUCAACUUUUCGCCGUUAUCACAACUCUCUUACUCCUCAUAGGACUAACCGCCUUAAUCCUAUGGCUUCUCUACCGACCGUCAAAACCCCACUUCACAGCCAUAUCAGCCGCCGUGUACUCUCUCAACACCACCUCCACGCCACCAUAUGUGGCGGCGUUGAUCCAACUUACCAUCCUCUCCCGGAACUCUAACAAGAGAACUUCCCUCUAUUACGACCGCCUCGCCGUGGCGGUGCACUACCACAACCACCCCAUCACCCCUCCGAUUUCACUCUCGCCUCUACAUCAUCGUAAACGGAGCACGAUUAUGAUGUCUCCGGUGAUUGGUGGUGGUCCGGCGGUGGCGGUUCCACCGGAGGUGUUGCAGGGGUUGGCGGCGGACGAGGCGUAUGGGGUGGUGGGAUUGAGUUGGGUAUUAGUAGGGAGAGUAAAGUAUAAAGCAGGGUGGUUUAGAAGUGGACAUAAUAGGGUUUAUGUAAGGUGUGAUGUUAUGGUAGGAUUUAAGAGUGGUGGUGCCAAUCCUACCGGUCAAGUUCCUUUGCUUGGGAAUCCUCCUUGCUUUGUUGAUAUGUAACAAUAAUGUUUUUUUUUUCUUUUUUUUUUUUGCAUGAGUAAGUAUCUUGCACCAUACAUUCUAAACAUUGGGGUAAUUAGUUUAUUAAGAAAUAAAAAAAAUAGUUUAUUGUUGUACUUAUUUAUAAAAUCAUUAUCAUAUCCCGUUAAUAGAAAAAUUAUAGUUAGGGUUUGAAAAGAAAAAUAAACGGCAACUCAUACUCAUAAAGAAGAGUGCGGUCAAAAUAGUUAAAUUAAAAAAGCAAUUACUUGUAUUGCAAGACUCCCUUGAUGUUUUCUUUUAUAUUUUUACCUUUAUUUCUUUUUCAAUUUGGAGGUGCGUGGUUAUUUGAUCGUAUAUUUUGAAGGAUGCUUGAGGAGGAAGUUUUAUUUUCUAUAGGACUAUGUAUGAUUGAUUAAAUGUAAUAAGAAAAUUAGUGAAAUUGUUAGUUGUGGAGCUUAAUUUCACAAGAAAAAAUGAAAAAUGUAAUUUGUAAGUGUAAAGACUUAUAUUCAUA